AUGCGCCUCUCUUCAACAUGCGUUGCUUCUCUUGCGUUCUUCGCCUCCACGACAUUUGCUUCAAUCCCAAGGCUUGAUCCACUGGACCUAGCAAAGCCCUUUGGAGCCGUUUACUAUAUCACGAACAGUCUGGACGAGAACUUUGUCAUAGCUGCACAGAUCGGAGAGGACGGUAUUGCGACAGAUGUGAAGGCCAUCUCGGCUAACGGCGUCGGCGCUCAGGGUCAACUUUCGGAGCGCGAUGCUCUAUUCUCACAAGGCUCCGUUCAAGUCAAUCAGGCUACCAGCCGUCUGGCAGUAGUCAACGCGGGUUCAAAUACAAUACAGCUCUUCGACAUUGAUCCUACGAAUCCGUUGAACAUCACUGCCAUCGGAAAACCUGUGCCCUCCGGCGGCGAUUUCCCCCAGUCAAUCGCGUGGAACAACGCUGGCACGAGAAUGUGUGUACUGAACGGCGGUCUCAACGCGAGGGUUCAGUGCUUCAUUGUCGACAAGAAGGGCAAGUUGACGGACAUCGCUUCUGGCGAGAUUACCACAUAUAACCAAACAUCGAAUCCUCCUCAUGGUCCCGCUGGCACGCCCUCACAAGUACUCUUUACAGCGGACCAGGGCGGCGUCAUUACCAUCGCAAAGGGACUACCAGAUGAUUUGAUCAAUAGCCCGGGUUACAUGCGUGUUUGGCCUCUGGCAGACAAUGGCACCUUUGCGAGCAUGCCGUUCGAGGCCAACAUCACCGAACCCAUAGGAGGAAUGCCCUCGUCCCUCUCGCAGUCGCCCGGAACACUCGUCUACGUCGGAUCUGAUGGUACGAAUGGCGGACUCGUUAUCGAUAUGACCGCCGGUCCAAAUCAUGCCAUCUUUCAGCCUAUCGACCUGCCGAACAACGUGGGGAACAGCCACUCGGUCAGCGCUCCCAAGACUGGCACUUUCUUCAUCUCCGAUCCACUAGGCGAUGUAAUCAACGAGAUCUCCCUCGGUGAGAAUAACAAUGCCACACUGGUCCGGCAGUAUGAUGUACCAGGCUUGGGUCCAAGCGAGGCCAUUGUCACAGAGAUCCAAGGUCAGGAGUUUAUGUAUAUGCUCAUGCAAGGUGAAAACACACUCGGCGUUUGGCGGCUCGACGGGCCUGGUCGAGCUGUCUUGACGCAGCUAUGGGAAAUGGCCGUCCCUGUUCGAAUUCUCGGCCUGACCUUUGACCAAACUCUGCUCUCCGGCAUGGCAAUCUACGUCUCGCCUUAG